ACCACACAAGCCGUGGUUCCGAGUUGUCUUGAACACGUCAACUGUGCCUGACAUUAGUCAGCUGAUUAAAACUGGCGGUCAUAUGAUCACUUUAUUGUUGUUGUGAUUUCUGAUGCAGGAAGAUGGACAUUGGUUUAGUUCAGUCGUCUACAUUUAUUUUAUGUUUACUUAUACAUUGUACAAGUGGGCUUACUGGAGAUGAAGACGAUUAUCGACGCAAAGUGUCCAUGGAGCUGAACCCUGGCCAGAGUGAACCGUCCAGCGGAGUUGAUGUUGUUCAUGUCCAGGCAGUAGGCUCAGAUGACACUCUCCACUUCCUGUUUUGUAACCACAGAGCACCUGCAUUGAUGCUUGUGCACACCAACUCCUCUUUUUCCAAUGUGCACAUAAACUGGACAGCCUUUCUGAAUGGCAACUAUUCAGGCAGCCUGAAGGUAGUGCCAGAGAGCAGUGUGCAGUUCAGCAGUGCAUUGGUGUUUACCAGGUUGUGGGAAUAUGAUGAUGUUAAUGAUACGGCAGAUCCUGAGCACCUUCCCCCAUCAAGCUUCUUUCCAUCAUAUGAGCUGCAGGACUUUAGUUGGAACAUUCGCAAUGCAACUUAUAAUCUCACUACCCACACUGCCACUCUUUGUGGCCGUAACAGCUCGAACAGUUUCAUGAAUGGCUUCCUCUGCCUAGCUUUCUCAGCAUUUGAGUCCAGAGGUCGAGAUUCUGAAUGGCCAGGCCUCCUACACAAUGCAAACUCCUCCCAGCUCCAUGUAUGGUUGGACAAUGUGAUCCCCAGGUCUAAUCAGUCCCGCUUCAUUCUGGAAGUGCAGUCUGUGAGCAGUGCAGAACAGAAGGGCCAGGUGGAUGUGCUCAAGUCAAUUGAUGAUGAAUACACACCCUCCAUAUUCAAGGUGUCUCAAUGGGUUUCAUCUCCCAGCAAUGCUUCCUCAGAAAUUCUGGGGUACACCCAGUGGAAACCAGUGGCCUAUCGGACAGAGCAUCCCAAAUUUGAGGAUGCCACUCCCUGCAGGCAUUCAGAUCCUGUCCUUGUCUCUGAGUUGCCUCCCUCAGGGUGGGUCCAGGCCCUCUUCAGAGAUGGGCUUCAGACCUCUACCCUCAACAUCACUUUCAGUAUUGCUGGAGAUCCUUUUUACAACACCACUAACUACCUCAGCUGGUCUGUGUUGGUGGGAUUGGGUAAUCCCCCUCAAGACUCUUUCUCUCCACUGGUGUUGACCAUUAUGGCCGUGGGGUUAGGUACUCCCCUGGCUCUAAUCCUUUUCGGGGGGGUUGGUGCCGGGAUCUUCAAAAGAAACCAACAUCCACAGGGUUAUGAGCCAAUCAACUAGGACUACUCACCUGAAGACAUGCAUCUUAACACACAAAUACACACAUACAUACAGACAUACACACAAAAAACUUUGUCAUUGUGAUUUUGGAGAUUUCAAUUGAUUCAUGUCUGUGCAUAGAUACUUUGAUCGGGCAAAUUUGGCUACCAUGGAAGACAUAAUUGUAGUUUAGCCUAAAUUAAACAUUUUUGUGAGAAGUAUCCAUAUGGUGGGGCAUUAUUCUUAAUCAUAUGUAGCUUAAUUAUACAAGAUAAGAUGAUGUAUGCAAUUGUAGCUCAUUUGUGCAUAAUCUCCGGCCAGUUAGAUUUAUAAAACCGGCGCGUUAGUUUGACGAGAAAUGGUUGCGAUUUGCUUACUCCUAUGUGGUAUAGAAAGAUUACAUGUGGGUCAUUUAUUGUCAAAUCAGACAAAAUCUAGGAAAAUUGUUGCUGUACUGAUUUUGCCUCAGAUUUUGCUCAAAGAUUGUCUACCCUUGUUUUUCUAUCAUUGUUACACUCAGAAAUGCCUUAUCUUGGAGGCCAUGUUUGGGCAUUCAUAUCUUGAAAAGUAUUAUUCCUAGCUUGCCCAAACUUUGUAGGGUGGAAGACCGACAUGUUCUCAGUAUGAUUGGACUGUUAAAAGUUUGUACUGCAUGCCCAUUAGUUUUAUAUGGAAAAAUGCAAAACUCAAGAUAGUAAGA